AUGUGGACCUGGGCUGGCGGAGCAAUCUUGCUAGGAGGACUGCUGCUAUGGCCACCAGUCCAAGUGAGUCCAGAAGUUGCCGUCAUCAAUGCAUUGGUUUUGGUGCUGCUGUGUUGCCUCUGUAUCAGCAGAAUGGCCUUUGCGGGAAAGGGGCAUGUGUGGCACAUCGCGCCAUCUUCUAUGGAAAGACUUGGAUUGCUGGACUCAGCUAAUUUGCGGAUGGCAUUGCUCUAUGCCGCCAGCUCGCUGACAGUGUUGGGCACCCUCCAGUUCUUCGUGAUCGUUUCGCGGUUGUUACCUGACCUUUGGCAAUUUCGCGAUGCACAUGCGGUUGGUGCGCAGAUCAUCAACGGGUUUCCAGCUGACCUGGAAUUGAACAUGACAAACGGCGAGCUGUUCAGCUCCCGCAAAAAUCGCUUCAACAUUGACUUGCCUUCAUGGAGCUGGUUCGACAUGUGUGAUGGCACAUGGAAGCUGAAAAUGGCUUCUUUGGACUUCGGCUCGCCUGACUUGUAUGCAGUGGGUCGAUUGCUGGCCAUUUUGUAUUUCAAUCUGUCCCCCUCUUUGCAAGUGACUGAUGUGAGCGUAGGCGAGGAGGUCGAGGUUCUGGUUGACAGCGACUUGAUCGACUGCGGGGCGCGACGCUCGCUGUUGCCACUACCUUUCAGAGGUAAGUGGGUACGAGCAGUGGUUCGGUCCGUGCAGCCUUCGACGCUCUUGUCUGAGUUCCGGUACAUCGUGAGAGUCCAAGAUGAGUGUAAAGCCUGUGCUGUGGAUUCAAUAAAGGAGCCCUUUCCUUGUGGCCCUGGUUCUUCCUAUCCAAACUGCUCUUGCGCGGUGUUGCCCACAAGCUUGAGACGAGCAACGCCGCGCUUGGUUGUACUGGCUGCCGAAGAGGAUGUGCUUGAAGACGUCUCCGAGUUGCGCGAGCUCCGGGCAGAGUUGAUCUUUGCACGCGAGAGGUUUGCAAAUUUGGAAGGCUUUUCCUUCCAUCACGGCCAGUUCUGGCGGUACAGGAACAUUAAGGCCAGCGAGAUGUGGCGAAGGUAUUCCUUGAAGGAGCUGAGUGCUCAUGGUCAGCUACAGUGCAUGACAGGUCUCUACUGCAACAACGAUGGCAAGAACAACCUUCACUGCUCGCGUGUGGCAGCUACUACAAAUCUGAAGACAUGGAGCAAAGACUUCCCCCAUCUGGCCGCCGUGGUGCAGUGGAACCUGCAUGUACCCGUGCUGUGCGUGCUUCUGUGGCUGGCUUGUGUUUCGGCGACACUUCUCUGCCGUGGCUUCACCUUGCUGGCGUUGUACCUCCCAGCUGGAUAUGUGUCCUACGCCUUGGUGAGGCACGUGGACACACCGCUUCUGGCCCCGUCUGUUUCACUGUGCAUGGUGCUGUUCACCGCAAUGCCAUUUCUGUACUUCUCGUGCGUUUGCGAGACUUUGCCGGAGCUCUGGG